AUUUGCUGUGUAGAUUUGUUUAUUUCAUCGACAUGGAAGAGUUAAAUGAAAUUUUAGAAAUGACUAAGGAUAAAUCAACACAAAGGGAACAAGAUGAGAUCUUGCUGCAGCCCUUCACCUAUAUUCAACAAAUUCCUGGAAAACAAUUCCGUUCCCAGCUAUCAUUGGCCUUUAACUAUUGGCUAAAUAUACCACAGGAAAAACUUUCCGAAAUUGGGGAAAUUGUUCAAAUGCUACACAAUUCCAGUCUACUCAUUGAUGAUAUUGAAGACAAUUCAAUACUUCGCAGAGGUGUUCCAGUUGCCCAUUCCAUAUACGGUGUGCCCAGUACAAUCAAUGCCGCAAAUUAUGUAUUAUUUUUAGCUCUAGAAAAGGUACAACAAUUAGGACAUCCUGAGGCCACCAAAGUCUAUACGGAACAAUUAUUGGAAUUACACCGAGGACAGGGUAUGGAAAUAUAUUGGCGUGAUAGUUUUACAUGUCCCACGGAACAGGAAUAUAAGUUGAUGACGGUGCGAAAAACCGGUGGCCUUUUUAUGCUGGCCAUACGUUUGAUGCAAUUAUUCAGCAACAAUAAAGAAGAUUUUUCCAAACUGACUGCCAUUUUGGGUUUAUAUUUUCAAAUACGUGACGAUUAUUGUAAUUUAAGUUUGAAGGAGUAUUCAGAAAAUAAAAGUUUUGCCGAAGAUUUGACAGAAGGUAAAUUUGGAUUCCCCGUUAUACAUGCCGUACAAACGCAAAAACACGAUAAGCAAGUGUUACAUAUCUUACGCCAACGUACCCAUGAUGUUGAAGUGAAAAAAUAUUGCAUUACAUUACUAGAGAAGUUGGGCAGUUUCCGUUAUACCCGCAAUGUUCUGGAAUCACUGGACGAAGAAGCCAGAGCUGAAGUUAAGCGUUUGGGUGGCAAUCCCUAUAUGGACAAAUUGCUCGACAAGCUAUUGUCGUGGAAGACAUCUGAAACCAAUUCGAAUGACGCCAGUACUUCGACCAGCAGCAGCCCCCAAUGUAAAUCAACGUGUAACUAA